CAGAGAGGUCUUCCGGAAGCCCAACGCCCCACCUUCCCAUAGUAAAGAUGGCAGCAUCCUGAGCGGAAGCUGCGGGCAACACCACUUCCGCGUUUCUCUAGCGCCCUGGCCCAAGAUGGCGGACGAGGCCACUCGGCGUGUGGUGUCAGAGAUCCCAGUACUGAAGACUAACGCCGGACCUCGAGAUCGGGAGUUGUGGGUGCAGCGACUCAAGGAGGAGUAUCAGUCCCUUAUCCGGUACGUGGAGAACAACAAGAAUGCGGACAAUGAUUGGUUCCGACUGGAGUCCAACAAGGAAGGGACUCGGUGGUUUGGAAAAUGCUGGUACAUCCAUGACCUCCUCAAAUACGAGUUUGACAUCGAGUUUGACAUUCCUAUCACAUAUCCCACUACUGCUCCAGAAAUUGCAGUCCCUGAACUGGAUGGAAAGACAGCAAAGAUGUACAGGGGUGGCAAAAUAUGCCUGACUGAUCACUUCAAGCCUUUGUGGGCCAGGAACGUACCCAAGUUUGGACUGGCCCAUCUCAUGGCUCUGGGGCUGGGUCCAUGGCUGGCAGUGGAAAUCCCGGAUCUGAUUCAGAAGGGCGUGAUCCAGCAUAAAGAGAAAUGCAACCAAUGAAGGAUCAAGUCACUGAGGCAGGACAAGAGGGACCUUUGAUAGGCUAGGUUUCUGUUUUCCUGUGCAUCAGUUUUCUCACUCAUCCAUCCAACUGCUUCCCCAGACCCGCUCCAUUCCUAGUCAUUACCAAGUAGUUGCAGCAGGCAUUGCUGGGGAAAAAAACAAGAGAAGACAGUAUUACUGCUGAGCUUCUAAGUUAGUCUGGACGGAGAAGGGAAAGACUUGGGCCUUGGAAAACCAAGAGGCAAUUUAGAGGCCCUCCCCAGGUGGAGCAGUGUUAGAUCCUGGAGAGAUAGGGGGCAAUUGAAAGUGUGGGCAUAGCCUUUUUGGUUUCUGGGGACAACUCAUUAAUAAAAGCUGCUUCCUCUGGUG